GUUGAACCUCCUGAACCAGUAGAAGUACAACUAGAGGCAGUAGUUAAACAACCAGGGGCAGUUGUUGAACAGCUAGAUCGAGUGAUGGAACAACCAGAGGCAGUAGUUGAAUAUCCUGAACCAGUAGAGGUACAACUAGAGGCAGUAGUGGAACAAACAGUGAAACAAUUAGAACAACAAGAUCCAGUAGUGGAACAGAAUGAGCCAGUAGUGGCACAGCCGCUAGGAUUCUACACAGAACACACCCGCACUCUGCCGCAGGGCUUGGGAAGUGCGGAUCGCAUGGCGACAACCGUGAUUGGCCGAGAGAAGUUGUCGCGGCGGACGAACGACCCGGCAACUGCACCCUCCGCCAGUGACUUGUCCGUCGCUGCCACCGGUGCUGCCACCAUUCUCCGCGCCUAUGUCGCAGGUGUGGCUAGAGAUUGGCAAGCGCCCACUGGUGGCCCAGCAGACAAUCGCGGCAUUUCGUCGCUGGCUCGCCCCAGAGAUCCGAGACUCGCGCGAAGGGUCAGUGUGCCCGGCAGCGACACGGGUCGUGUUGUUCUUCCAGCGUGCGCUACCAAAGAUCCCCGACUGCCAGGAAGGGUUAUCUUGCCAGAGAAACACCCUGGUCGUCAUGUCUUGCCACAAGCUGCCACCAAAAAUCCGAAACCGACAAUCGUCAUUCAGCCACACGGAACGAUCCUGCCCGUCAGCAGGAAUGACCUGCCACCUGGUGGCGCCCGUGCUGCAGAUGUCGCUGGUCGCCAGAAAAUUUCCAUCGAGCAACGCGCGCUGCAGCACCAGGUCGAGGUUGCUGUUAUGCCUAAGGAGGAAAUGAACAUUGAUUAUUACCUGAAGAAUGUGCUCACAUGGAAUUCGGCUUGGCUGAAGGAGCAGGAGGAAGCUACCAAGUCAUCCAGUAACAAACUGCCGCCAUUGCUCUCGCGUUUUGACAUGGUGUUCGGCGUGCUGGAAUCUUACAUCAGCUAUGACGACUACGUGUACAGCUUGCUGCCCUGUAUGCUGUGCGAAACGUGGGAAGCAAUCUAUCGUGACUGGAAAGAGGCUCAGAAAAGUAACUACAAGAACAAAUCAUAUGUAUGGAAGGUUUUAAGCCACGGUCAAGAGCCGAAAUCUCGACUAACAGUCUGGAAUUGUGAAGUGCUAAUUACCAAAGAGGAUUUUCUAAAGUGGCAGUACCCACGAGAAUACGAUUUGCUGAUUGCUGAAGUGCCAUGUAAAAUGCUUGACAAGGCAGAAAGCAUUGCCACUUGCUAUCGGCUGGUCUUUGCCUAUGUGGUUCGGUCAAAGGUACCACCGGUGGCACUCCCUGGUAGCAGGAGAAUAAAUGGAAUUCACUAUACCCAUCACAUGCAGGUGUGCAUGAAGCUAAAAGAGUUCAACCCUGGUAUUCUUAUAGACACCAAACCGUUCUACAUUAAGAAGUGCACAACACUCGUGACUUUUGUACGACAGUUCGAAGCGCUGCUUUAUCUGCCUCACAGUGCGCUGGCACGUGACGUGCUCCAACCACGCCAGCAGUCGUUCAGAAUUAGAUUGCCUGUAAAUGUGCCGCCACACCAAUACCGGACGAUUUUGAACGAAUCACAGCAGGCCAUCGUUGUCGGCGUGACAACAGCUGUCCGCUCGCACGCGCCGAAGAUCUGCCUCAUUCAAGGGCCGCCGGGCACGGGCAAGAGCCUCACCAUACAGCAUCUCAUCGAUAACAUCUUCAAGAACGCGCCCGUGGACAGGCGGCCGAAGAUCUUGCUGACCGCUCCAUCGAACAACGCGCUGGACCUCCUAAUGCAGCGUCUGCUCGACCGCGAACGCAUGAAGCGCCGCACCGGCUGCCCCACCCAGGGGGCGCUGUCGCUGCUACGCAUCGGCAAGACGAAACACAUGCACGCCGACGUGCAUUGCAUCUCACUCGACGCCCAGGUUGAGCGAGCCAGAAUGAAAGACAAAGCGGGAGUCAUCAAAAGCGUCGACGCUGAGAUUCACAGACUGACGACGCACAUCGCUGCUUUCAGGCAGGAGUGUGAUCGCAAAAAGGCGAAGGAGAUCGACAAGCUUGUGUUGCGUCUGAAAAGCUUGAACGCCGAAAAAAACAAGAUGGUAGGAAUGCCUGGUGGAGGUGAAGGUAUGAAGUGGCGGUCUUUUGUGCUUACUCGAGCUGAUAUCAUUGGAUGCACGCUGUGUGGAUGUGGAAGCAGUAUUCUUAACAUCUUGAAGCAUAGACAAACCGAAGUAGGACAAGUGUUUACAUGCGCAAUCGUCGAUGAGGCAACGCAGUGCACGGAACUGGACUGUCUGAUCCCUCUUCAGUUCGGAAUCAGCAAGCUGGUGUUGGUGGGAGACCCAGAGCAGCUGCCUGCUACAGUGCUAUCACAGAAAGCGCUGGAGCUGGGUUACGAUAGGUCUCUGUUCAGCAGAUUCUACAACUACUUCAGGUUCUCAUUCCCGGAGAACAGCCCCAUGGUGAUGCUGGACACACAGUAUCGGAUGCACCCGGCGAUCGCAGAGUUCCCCUCCGACCACAUCUACGGCGGCAAGCUGAAGACGGCGAGAAACGACUGCGCGAGGAUUCCUCUGCAUCCCCUCAUCGUGCUCGACAUUCCAAACGGCCGUGAGUCUACGAGCAAUAGUUCCAUACUGAACAUCCUCGAGGCAGAGUUCACCGUCGAACUGCUCACCAUGAUGAACGACCAUCAAAUCAACUCGAGCAUCGGUGUCAUUGUGCCUUACUCCCAGCAGAAGGCGCUUCUUCUAGACCUUUUGGGAAGAAGGAAGCUGUCCCAGCAGGUCGAGGUGAACACCGUCGACGGGUUUCAAGGUCGUGAGAAGGACGUCGUCGUGCUGUCGUGCGUGCGCGCGAACGGCAGCAGCGGCAGCAUCGGCUUCCUAACGAACAGGCAGCGGCUGAACGUGGCAUUGACGCGCGCGAAACACUCGCUCAUAAUCCUCGGCUGCAUGGACACGAUGAAGGUGGACAAGGAUUGGAGCGCUCUCGUGAGUCACGCAGAAGAGAAGAAGGCCAUCUUUACUGUGUCGACCAUUGAAGAAUUGCGGCACAGGGUAAAGCAUUGCGUAUUCCGAUGAAAACCCACAGAGUUACUGUGUUAUGACUCGCUUGUUCGGAGCCAGCCUUACCGGACGCAAUGCCCAAAGCAAGAACUAGGACCAAGAGUUGGACGUGAACGUGAUAUUAUUAUACGUGUAUUUUGGUCCAUUCCAAGACAGAGCCCAGAGUGGCUGCUAAGGCCAACUUUUAUCAGGAUACAACAGGUAGAUUUUGCAUUUUUAUAGUUUUAUUUUCAUGUGCGUAGGCUGUAUGUAAUCAACAUUUGUUUUGUGUAAAGUUGUGCAUUAUAUUUUUCUGUACGUCUGUUGCUAUGUCAUCAGCUGUAUCAUAUUGUUUAGAACAUACUAUUACAGGAAGGGAAGAAAACCUUCUGAUACAUUAUAAUGAUGCCAUAAGUUUGCAUAAAAACGUACUAUUCUAAACGAAAAUCUGUUCUGCUAAAUGGAAUACUGUUGUGAACUGUAUAUAGAUUGUUAUUCAUCAAAUUCACAUACAUUAGCGAUAUAGUAUUAUAGAGAUUACUACUUUGCAUAGUGCUCAAGAAAGUAUUCUCCAAUUAUAAUUGACCGAUUGGUACAUAAUCUUCUAUAUGUAAUCUAGCUAUAUGUAGUGAGUGACAGGCAGCAAUAACCAAUCAUUGAUUUGAUGGAGACAUUUGAAGAAUGCUGCUUAGUAUCAAAGUGCCACAAAGUUCACAAUGUAGCACGCAUGCGUGAAAAACACGUACAAACUGGUCUAGUUUUAUCGACCAGCAACAAUGUCCAAUGGGACCAUGGUUAUCUCGAUCAGACAGAUGAGCUCAUUGCUCAUUUAAACUUAGCAGCAGUUUUGAACACUGUACAAAUUAAGAGUAGGCUGCAGUAGCAAAUCUCGUACUAACAUAAAGAGUGAAUAAAUCUGGAUAGAAUUAUAAAAUGUGAGACUAUUUGAAAUCAUUUCAUUCCGAAGUUUUCAUGACCUUUAUCUGUCACUGCCGGUAAUGUUCUAAAAAGAUUCUAGAUAGCAAACGGUCACUAUCCGUGUCUGUUAGGUUGUAUAUACGAGUCCACUGAAAUAUGCAAACCUACACGGGUUCCCUAUAAUAGAUACAGGUUCUUGGCGGAUCACCUACAUCAUCACUUACAUCAGACAAUCCUAAUGCUAUAUGAUCGUUUAUAAUCAUUCCUUGCUAAUCUUAAUUCAUUCAGUUUCAAUAACAUGAUGGCUGGUAUUUCACAUGCAAUGAUCACAGUUGUGAUAAUAUAUCGUGCAUGCUUCUAUAUUAUUUACAGAAACUAAAGAACCAUCAGUACCAGUUGUCAUCGGGGGGGGGGGGGCACUCCAUAUAUAUUGUAUGGUAGGUAUAAGAAGGUAUGCAUAUAGGUAACCCCAAAUUUCCGCACCGGAGACCCCCUUUUCACAUAUUUCCCGUCCCGGAGCAUAGGUUCUACUUCUUUCCAUUCAGGAGACACAUGAAUUCUCAUUGGUCCCUUGGCAAGUUUUCUGUAUUACGGGGGGUUCUGGUCCCGUUCCAAUGCCUCCAAGGUCAUAUAGUGCUGCCGCGGCCGCGGAGAGCGCGUCACUGCGAGAAUAUCAUACUUGAACCAUUAUAUUUUAAUUAAUCCUGUUCUAGUGACUUAACCUAUUCUCCAAAUGCUUUCAUUUUCAAGCAAGCAAUAAUUCUGGAGACAAAUCCUAGCAAAUCCUAGUUCCAGAGACCCCCUCUUGCAAACAUGUCCAGUUCCAGAGACCCCCUCUUGCAAACAUGUCCAGUUCCAGAUACCCCAUCUUGCAAACAUGUCCAGUUCCGGAGCAUCAUGCUUCACCGCAAACCCUAGUUCCGGAGACCCCCAUCUUGAUGGGCUGAGUUAGUACCAGAGCCCUCCAAUUCCAUCUCUCAAGUGGCACAUACCUACCCCAUUUUGUAGAGAGUGCCACCCCUGGGUUGUUAUAGUAGAUACUAUUGGUACUAUAAUAGGUACUAGGGUAGAUAAUAUACUACUUGUAAAUAUAUUUUGAAAUAUACAUGCAUUAUUUAUGAAAAGCGACUACAGAACAUCGAUUUAUUUUGCAUUGAGGUAAUUUACUUGAAGUCUAUUGUUGUACACGUGACUUUAUUCCUUUGUUAUUCAUUAAACAUGCAAUGGUGACGUGUUACACACAGUGAUGCGAUUUUCCUGUCCCACAAUUGAAUUUAGUAAUUCUCAUAAAUCGUAUAAAUUUGUGGGAAAAUUACAAGAUACGGCAAUAAAAAAUAUUGCAGGAAGAUUAUCUGAAUUGCACUUUUACGUGAUUUUAUUCGUUUUUAUUCGUUUUUUCAUUGGUGAUGCACAACUAAAAAUGGCUACUAUUUGGCCAUUUAUAAAACAACUAAAUAUUAAGGAUAUUAUUAGAAGAAUCCAUAACACCGUUGCAGGGCUUUGUAUACCAACCAAUUUUAAAAACAACUCGCGAUUAUAAACGUGUCAGGGCCGUGGCUAAUUCAUUCUGCCCUUGGGCAGGGGGUGCAAGGCAAUAUGCAGUUUGUGUUCUGGCAAUUAACAGUGCGCAGUAUACCAGUGGCACGUACUGUCAAGGCCAGGGGAACGGAACUGCUUUGCCCCUCCCCCUACCCAUUCCCGCUAGCUACGGCUGUGCUUGCUCCCAAGCGUAGUAGGAACUUGGUUGCUGUGACAACAAUAACAGUGAAACUAAUAAUAACUACACAAUUAGUGACUAUAUCAAUGACAACAAUUAUGACAAUAUUUUUUUGCACAAACAUGUAAAACGAUUAUCAAAUAACAUUCAUGUUGCAUUGAAAUUCGAAUUAAACUCCAACUAGUAAAUGGUCAAGUUCCGGUUCAAAUUGCAGGGAAAAUGCAGUCAAACCAUAUUUCCAGAACGCUUAGCACAGUGAAUAUGGCAAUUAGUUACUAUUGAAAAAACACAAACGAUAUGACCACACUUGCAUGAAGAAAUUAAAUAAAAGUAUAUAAAAAUAAAUU